UACGCGUCCGCACGGGUGCGGACAUUUUGAUCUUGAUUAUUUAAAAAAACAAACUCAAACGAAGAGGAUGAGUCUCGAAAUACACGAAGACCAAAAUCGUCAUUCUUUGUCAGCGCGCAAGAAGUCACACAUGGGACGUCGGAGCGGAUCAAGAAGCUCGAAUACCAACGCUUCUCACCGUAGAAAUUUUCCGAGGUUACUCGCGAGACAAACCACGUAUUGGACCAGCGGUCACGAACACUUGACCGAAACGAGAGACAUCAUGGCCGAGCAGUCCCCUUUUCGUUUUCCUUCCUGUUCGCAAACCGUGGCUUAUCUCCAAUGGUGGAAAACAAAGAAGAAACGGGAGAUGAGCGAACGCGGUGGAAAAUCUUACAAGGAUCGGCAGAGAUCGCAAUCCGCCGAUAUUUUACAGAGAUUACGCGUGUCUGUUGAUAUCGAAGCCGAGGAAGCGAAAAAACACAAAGAUCCGAGCAAGAUAAUUGCCAUGACGGACGUGGAUCCGUCGUACUUCACAGAAUUAUCCGGCAGACCCGUGAGCGAGAAGUUUUCGUUGAGACAAUACAUAGGAGACGUGCAGGAAGUGUUAAAAACAAAACUUCUUAUCGGCCAAAACAAGGACGAAUGCAUCCGCAUUGAUCAGCAGUUUCGGCAGGAAUUGAAUCAUUUGCGAAAGAUCCAGCACCGCACUCAACGGUACAUGAGCAGUUUCGACGAGUUUCUGUCGGGAGAUCAUAAAAAGAGCAUGGACAUAUUGUACGAAGCGGAACGGGAGGCGAAGGUGACGGCUGAGAUCAGCGAGCGUAAGAACGAGGUCUCGAAACAAGUCGGCGAAAGAAGAUUGUCCGUUUACGUCUGGGAGGAAAAUUGGAGAACGGUGAAAAUGUGUCAAAUGUUUCUCUAUCAGAUAUCGCCUACCGCCUGGCGGAUCAAGCACGAUUGGUUUUAUCGCGCCGAAUCGAGCAACAGCAUCCAGAGCACGGUCGCCACGGAUUUCACCAGAUACAAAGCGCCGGCCGAAGGCGCUUCUCUGGAGGAGCUCAUAGAACUGUUCGAGCGGGACGUCGCCGCUGACGUUGGCGAGCCCGUCGAGCUCUAUUUCGAGGACCCGUUCGAUCUGAUUCGCGUGUUCCGCGCGAUGGAAACGCAAAAUUUGAACGCCCUCGUGCACCUCGAGUCGCUUGCCGCACCGAUGGAGAACAUAACGAAGACCAUCACCGUGACCGAGGCGCAAAUGAAGCAAGAGACCGACGAACUCACUUCGACGAUCAGGAACCUGGAAAGCUCAAUCGCUAAGGAGGAGGAACGAGCGGAAAACCUCGAGAAAUACGCAAACUACCUCAUCGAGACUGUCAUCCGACGUCUCAUUAGCUCCGAAGAAGUACUGUAUCUCCACGUCUUCGUGGAGGACACUUACGAAAGUUGCGUCGGUCCGAACGACGCGAAUCUCGACACGUUCACCAUGAUGAAAUGGAUCGAAAGAACGCACGAGGAUCUCAAUCGUCAGCUGGACAAUCUGCCGCGCGAUAUCGUUCGCGCUUGCGAGAAGGAGGGAUUCAAGCAGGAGGCGAAAAUCAUAAAGAAUGCGCAAGAAGCCGCGAAAAAGUUUGAUCUGAUGCAUCGACUGUUGGCCGAUCUGAAACGCAUCAUGGAACCGCCCGCGAAAAAGAAGCGACCAUUGACUCGACGUUCGGCGCCGAUCGUCACCUUGGCGAAACCGGAGGCAGUUUCGCCGAAACCGACGAGCGAGGAGGUCGACUAUCUCACGUUCUUCACCGAUUACUGCAAGCACGAAGACUUCACCGCGUAUCGCUCCGAGUUCCCAGACGAUUUUGAUCUGACGUUCCGGAGCAAACGCGAGGACACCGAGACCGAGAUAACGAACGAUACAACGAAGAGCGUAUCGAAUCACGAGGAGCAGGAAAUGUGAGAGGAGAGAGGAGAAGAGGGGUGAAAAAAAAAAUAAAAGUGCGCCGUUAUUGAAAACGUAACGGAAUCAGCGGAUUUUUUAUUUGAAAAUUCCUCGUGCGUAUAUAUUCGAAAAGAUCGUAAAUAUAUCAGUCUAAACGCUCUACGCGUCGUCGAUUAUUUAGCUAGGCGCGCGCGCGCACUAUCAGUAUGUAUGUAUACAUAAAUAGGCGAUUUAACGAUCGAUCGUAGCACGAGAUAAAAUAUAUUCAAAGAUAAUAAAACACAACAAGGGACGAGAGUUAUAGCCAUACAAUAGAAUUUGGAACGAUAGUAUCGAUAUAAAAACAACAACCAUGCUUGACAGUGAUCUCUUGGCUACAAAGCGCCGCUUCACACGCGUUCUGUUUUUUUUUUUUUUUGUUUUUUUUGUUUUGUUUUUUCAUUAUAAAGCUUACAAGAAGAUUCGCUACAUACACUUCAUUUUUUUUUUUUUCGAGUAUCACUUUACACGAGCAACCUUCUUUUUUUUUUUGUGCAAAGCAAUGAUAACAGAUUUUUGAAUCUCACGUGUCGCAAUUAUUUGCCGGAAACACCGGCCGAUGAGAAUUCGUCAACAUCAAAUAAUUAAUUAACACAAAUAAAUAUAUAACACAAUAAUUUGUCAAUAUCAAAUACUCACGAGUAAAUAAUUUCGCAAGGCGGUAAAAGCUCGAAAUAUGAACAUAUACAUAUAAAAUAGCUGCGUUUCAAUGAGCAAUUUCAAUUCGAUUAUAAUCGCGAAAACGCACGCGCUCAACUGCGGAUUUAUAUAAAUAUAAUCACGCAAUAAACAAGAUUGUUAAAAUUAUAUACUGUAUCGAAUUGUGUCUCCAACAAUAAUCGUGUCUCCUUAACAAUAAAAGUCUUUUAGCAUCUUGUAACAAGCGUAUUUUGAAAAAAUGCAAAAUAGGCAGCAAUUGAUUGCUCACGCGUGUUUGUCUAUGCAAAAUAUAUAGAUAUUGCCAUAUCUUAUGUAUAAAAAAAUAUGAUAGAGCAAUUGGUGUAGCAAUAAUAAGAGCGGUAGUGCUUUAUCAAUAUCGCUGGAUAAUUUUUCUAACGAUUUUAUAUUGCCAGACAAUUUAUCUCUUUCGACGUUAACAAACUUCGUUGCUCGUGUCAAUGUAUCUGUACAUCUUGAAUUUGUGCCAUCAGACUGUGACGUUGCACAGCGUUUUUUUCCUAAAUUUAUUUACAAGGUAUUUACUUACAUUUACGCCACUUUCGCGCAUCUCGUCUCUGUAUCUCUCUUCCUUCGUCGCAACAAUAAAAUUUCCUUAGUCGACUAGCAUCGUCACACGUUUACAUUUACGAUUAUUACAUUGUUGCAUACAAAAUUAACGAAAACAAGAUAAACCGCAUUUCGUUCUAAGUUUCAAAAUUUUUUGUCUAAAAUGGUACGAUUUGUAUUUUCCGAUUUUCUUUACGAAUAGAUAUAUAUAUAUAUAUGUAUAUACACAUAAAUUUAAAUUAGCUACCAAUUAAAAGAACGGAUCUGAUUCCAGACUGAAACUCGUCAAUCGGUUCAUCAGUCGUUCAAUUGAAGAUAUGAAAAUGUUUUUUUUUUUUUCCGUUUGGUUCUCUCAAACUCAGCCGAUUACACAGAUAAUCACAGUUCGCAUCACGUCGCAAUUUUGUCCGAAUUCGUUUCGAAAAUAUCUCGAAAGAUAUCUUGUAUACAACAAUCUAACAGGAACACAAUAGUUAAAAUUUCCCGUUUCUAUCUCGUUUUUUUCUUUUUCUCAUUAUUGACGCUCUUACAUCAACAUAUGCUUACAUGUAAUACGCACACACGCAAAUUAAUCGGCGCGGACUCCACAAUCGUACGCCGCAACGGCGUUAGCCUCGCCGUAAAAUCGCCGUGAGAAAAAAAAAAAA